AACUCCGACUUCCACUCGUCCACCUUCCGCCGAGGCAGUGAAGACACCAUGUCGACCAUCAUGCGCACUUUGCGCAACCUGCGAAGCAUUGGCUUGAAGGAAUACGGCCAUCAAAUGCAGUAUAUGGGUGACACCAAGCGCGGAACGUUGAUUGCCAUGGACAAGUACGGCAACAAGUACUUUGAGAAUGUGGAGGAAGAUCUGCCGCUGCGGACACGAUGGGUGGAUUACAAGGAUCAUGAGUUCGACCCUUCUCAGAUAGAGCCCGGAUGGCACGCGUGGAUGUCGUACAUGGUGGAUAAGCCGCCGUCCCAAGACCGGAUUAUGCAGCGACAGGAGCGGAUAUGGGAGCCCACCGCCCACGUGCCCAACAUGACGGCGUCCAAGAGCUCCUUCCGAACAUACAACACAACGAAGAACAAGUAUCAGGCAUGGCUACCUGAAGCUGCGCCGCGACGAUAGGAUAUCAUCGCAGUGCGCGGAGGACGGCGUGAGGGAUCGUGUGGAAUGACGAGACUCGAGUACUUAUCUUAUUGCUCAAUUGAAGAUAUCAACGCACGCAUGCCUGCGAGCCCAGGGUUCACCAUCCCUUCAACAUUGACAGCACCACCUCUUCAUCCAGUUGUACCUAUGCACAAUGCAACAUGAUUGUUCCCAGUUCUUUGACAAAGUCUGAUCGAGCGCUGGCUGUGCUGGAUGAAGGCAAGCCAGGCGAAUGCUGGUCAGCUUCUGGGUGACUCACGAACUUGCGCCACGAAACUAAACAGAGCUACAAGGCUUAGGUGCAUGUAGCAGGCAGAAUGGCGCAUUGAGAGUGUCCAGGAUCACCCAGAGCUAGCAAACUUUUGCUGGCGGUCGCUCACUUAAGCCGACGGGCGGGCGAGGGUCAUGCCAUCAAUAUGAGUCUUGAGGA